AUGCAGUCUCUCCUACACGUCCCGCUUUUCUGCAACUACCUCGGACAGAUGCACCAGGAAGACUCGCAUGCAGAGGAUAAGUGUGUGGCGUGUGCAUUUCAAUUCCUUUCCUACUCCUAUUGGUAUGAUCGUGACAACGCCGCAGUGUUUCCUCAGGCUUGGAUCCGAGGCUUGUACAAAGCUCUCGCCACAGCGGUGGAGGAGCGCGACGAUCACUUUUUCGAACCGUUUGUUAGUACCUUGGUCCAGGGAGAUCCGGUCGAGUUCUGGGAUGCAAUUAAGGAGCAGCUGCUGGCGAUGGAGAACGACGGUGAAGAGUCGAUUGCAGAACUCCUUAAAACGGACUGGACUGUCAACACUGAGUGCCGAGGAUGCGGGCACAAGGAUACUCGCCAGUCGGAGACUCAAUCGAUCGCGGUAGCUAUAACCACGGAUGAUGGCUUGUUCAAUGGCCAGACGUUGGUCGAGGACCUUGAGGACUACCAAAAGGCGGUCAACAAGGUGCACUGCAUCUGUGUCGACACAGCGGAGCAACUUGGCGAAGAUAUCGGGAAUCAGAUCAGGGACGAGAUCUCCACUAUCCAAAACUCUCCAGAGAUUCUCAUCGUCCAGCUCAAGCGGUUCAGUUUCGACACGCUGACUCAGACGAGCUCCAAAGUCAGCGGCGAGGUCGACUUCGACGAGGAGCUCGACCUGACCAACUUCACUGACAAGCAGGGGAAGCUGAAGUAUCUUAUCCAUAGUGUCGUCCUCCAUCAUGGCGACACUGUCGAGGAAGGCCACUACGUCGCCGCGGUACGUCGUCCGGACAGUGAGACAUUCUACCUCGUCGACGACUCCACUGUCUCAGGACCACAGCACCUAAUGCACAUCCUCGCUCAAGAGGCGAAGCAUGGAUUCGAGCCGUAUGUCUUGCUCUACCAGAAGGUCGAGACGAAAGUCGUUGCAGAGGAGGCGGCCGAGGGCGAUGAUGCCGAAGCUGUUUCGGAAGCUUGA